GGUUGCCACAGACCGAGAAGGGAUGUCAACGGGACGCUUUCGGGUUGAAGACGGCGAGAGGGAUGAGAUUUCGACGAUGGCAACCGGAAGUGACGUGCACCUCGAGAACCCAGAAUACCACACGAGAUGGUAUUUCAAGUAUUUUCUUGGGAAGAUUCAUCAGAACUACGUAGGAGCAGAUGUGGACAAGAAUAUCUUCUUCCUCUCGGUCGUUUUAACGGACGCAAACAAUCACAACGUACCCCAGUACAGAGCUAUCCUGUGGAGAAAAACGGGAACACAAAAGAUCUGUAUACCGUACAACUCAGCUAAGUCUAUGUCUGUCAAGAGAAUAUUAGGCCGCUUUAACAUCAAAACAGAAAAGUCACCGAAAGAAAUCUACACACCAGAUAUUCAAAAAGAGCUACUUUUGUUGGAGGAACAAGAAGGGUCUGUAAAUUUCAAGUUCGGUGUUCUAUACGCAAAGAAUGGACAGAAGUCAGAUGAUGAAAUGUUCAGUAAUGAGCAUGGAUCAGAGGCAUUCCGGAAGUUGGUUGGACUGUUGGGUGAAAUGGUUUCACUUAAGGGAUGGGACAAGUUCAACGGUGGCCUUGAUGUCAAAAAUAACACCACAGGUACAGAAUCAGUUUACACAAUGUACGAGGGGCAUGAGAUUAUGUUUCACGUAUCUACCUCGCUGCCUUAUUCCAAAGAUAACCGACAACAGGUCGAGAGAAAGCGACAUGUUGGCAAUGACAUCGUAACUAUCGUCUUCAUGGAAGCAGAUGACCCGGAAGAAGAAGUUUUCUUCAAGCCUUCGAUGAUCAGGUCACACUUCACACACAUAUUUGCAUUGGUAACGUACAACAAAAUUGAAGAUACCUAUAGGUUACGAGUGUAUUCUGAAGAGUCCGUGCCUUUAUUUGGUCCACCGCUGCCUGCUCCUGCUGUUUUCGACGACCAUCACUCGUUCCGAGAUUUUCUGCUCGUCAAACUCAUUAAUGGAGAAAAAGCUGCCUUCAACACGCCUAUCUUUGCCAACAAGCGCCAACGAACAUUGGAAAUGCUUAUCAAAAACCUACAACAAGAUAUGAUGCAAGAAACGAAUAAGCAAAACAUGCUAAACAAGAGGUCAUUUAGUGACGUCAUUCCUGACCCUGUCUGGGGCUGGAGAAGUAAGAAGGAAGAAGCGAGGCAAGCCGAAUUUGUGAAGAUAGGACAGGUUCUUAAACUCAAAACCAUUGUUAAAGGGGAUGCCCCAACAAGCCUUGCAACGACGAGCUUACUAAAGAGAGAGCCUUGGGAACCGCAGUGUAUACAGAGUGACUUCCUUUUUGAGAUUGUCUGUGGAGAUUCGUGGGGUGAUAAGCUCAUGGUUGGAACAGAAUCAGGGGUCUUCAUCAUUGAGGAGGGUCUCAGUCCUCGGAUGAUCUUUGAUAAGACGGUCUCUUUCAAGCAGCUCAGUGUGGUAGAGGCUCAUGGAUUAUUAUUAGCCAGAGCUGACAAAGGGAAAGACGGUCGAAUAUAUGUGUUCAGAUUAUCAGACUUUGAAGGACAAGAGAAUGAGGGCUUGAUCAGAACAAAGAAUGACUGCCGGAAUCAUAAAAUAGAGAGAUCAAAAGGCUGCCACCUGUUUUCGGUGAGCCGACCGGGAGGAAGCCAUCUUAGAAUGGUGAUAGCUGUAGGAAAGAAGAUGAUACUCAUGACAUGGAAACAUAACGCGGCUUGGUCGGCCUGGUGUAAAGCCGCUGAUACCGAUACGGUUGAAGGGUUUCAAUUCACAAGGGAGCUGUCUGCUGGCGAUGUGCCCUCGUUAAUGUGCCUGAUCGACGGUGGGCACGGAGAUAAUCACAUCGUAGUCGGAUAUAGACAUCAGUAUGACCUUGUCAACGAGAAGAAUGGAGACACUUUCAGGCUGCAUCUUGUCGAUGCAAACAAGGUUUCACUGGUAUCUGCUGUUGAUAUAUAUGAAGAUGAUGAACCGGAGGUACUUCUCUCUUACAAUCAUAUAUCACAGUUCAGACGAUUGAAUGGCGAAGCUUCUUCAGAUUUUGACAUGCAUUGGAAUUCAGCUCCAAGGGCAAUUGUGUGCGCAUUUCCCUACAUCCUAGCCUUCACUCCAGACUCUGUGGAGAUUCGUCUAGUUGUCAAUGGUAAUCUAGUUCACACGAUGACCAUGCCAAGAAUCAACCUCAUCACAUCUAAGUGCGAUAUGUACUUCACAUCAAUGGGUAUGGAUGUUCUCCAACCAAGUCCUAAGGAGCCUGUCCGUGCUUUCAGUCCCCUCUCCAGUCCUACGUCACCACCACAAACCUACGGUCCUUUCUCAGGUGCAGCAGUGAGGAUUUACAAGAUACCCUUGAUCAGUCUUGUAGGACAGAUGAGUGAGAGACCACUGCCAACCCCCUCCAACAACUGCCGACCUCGUUCCUUCAUCUCGCCUCUUGUCAACAUUGCAGAGUCUCCACCGACACCCGCUCGACGUUUCCAGAUAACUUCGGGUUCCCCUACAAAGGACGAAGUUGAUUCAGAAAUCCUGACAGUAAGCAUCCCAGUGACGUCAUUACCUCCACAAACAUUAACAAAGGUCAAGGCUGGUCCUAGACCUUCACAAGAAUACUCAGACUCUGGCUACUCUGAAUCAGACUUCUCUUUUGAAUCAACAGAUUCCCUUCCCGGAAGGUAUCCAACCUCACCAAGCAAAGGUGGGGAAACUGCAGAAACACGCAGGCACAAAUUUGGUUGCCUCCGGUCACCGCGACUAGUAAGACGAAAAGGGAAUUCAAAACAGGCAGACAACGAUGCGCGUGCAGAGCUCCUCGGUCAGCCAAGCAAACGGGCAAGUGGACGAUCACGGUUCACGUCAAGUACCUCAAGCACGCAGUCAGACUCAGUCUUUUAUCCAGUACGCAUUGAGAACAACAAUAACAACAAGAGUGAGGGGGACAUAGGGUUUGAGUUCAUCCCUCCUCCUCGAAGCCCACUUGCUGAUCGUCUUGGCAGCACUGGAAGCACGUUGUCACAGCAGUCAGAGGCAGAGAUGAGAGUCGAGUUAUUAGGGCAUUUGAUUCACUCUCCUCGCUCUGAUCGAGUUUCAAAUACAUCUUCACUUCAGUCCGAAGACGGUGGAUCCGUCUUUCUUGAGCUCCCAUCGAAUGGAAAGUCAACCAAUGGUCACCCACCGAGCCCGUUCGCCUUAUCGACUUCUGUUGAUGAUGACGAUAUUGAUUUGAAAUGAUAGUAAUGCUAACUGUUGUCAUGUGUUGAUGUAAUUUUGCAUUUCAUAUGAUUUUGUGUUGACUGAACAAAAUGAUGGGCUUUUUACACUGCCCCGAUAUGAAAUCAUUUUGCAGAGUUAUGCAUGAAUUUGUAUUAUGUUUUGUAUGAAUAUGUCCAUUGCCAACAAGUUAUCUGCAAUCUACCCUAUUCAUCACCUUUAACAAGCUCUAAUUUAUAAAUCCCCAAUUUGGAUUCCCCUUUGGGUGUGUCCCCUCGUCACGUAUCUAUUAAACCCAGUGGAAUAUACAGGUAAGUGGGUCUCCUCUAUGUGGAACUUAUAAGUCUUUAAAUACAUCUGGCAAUGCCAAAGUCAUGUAAUGUCAAAGGUUUGAAGUAAUGGUGGCAGCAGUGGGAUGUAAACCCACUCACCUUUAAAGCAGAUACGAACCAAAAGCGUCGUCUCGAGUCCUCAACUAAUCAUACCUGGCCAGUUUCCUUACCCAUAAUGCUAGUGUAGUCUAGUAAUAUAGACCCACUUGAACGCUAUUAACUACUCAAUACAUUUAUACCGCAAUAAUUAUGUUACCAAGUAGCAAAACAAUUACUAUUCCUCUUAAAACAUUUUAGUUUCUUUAUACAAAUACAAUUAUAGGUCAAUUUGUUCUCUGUAAUAUUAGAUAUUUUUUAAAACGUACAUUUUAAGACUAUGUAAUAAGAACACACAGUUCACUCCCCCUUUAAUACAGUUUCUUAACUCUCUCGAUUCAGGCUGAAACAGAUUCAUUAAUUCAUGUGCACAUUUUAUGCAAGAUAUCAACUGAAAGAGGAUCGUAGGUAGAUGUAAGUUUGUAACAAAUAUCAAGAUUCAUCGAGUAAA